AAGCCAAGUCAUGCACUAUCCUGAGCGCCUCGUCGAGCACUUAAUGUUUUUUUUUUUUUUUUUAAACCAUCUUCUUGACCAGCCCCUCUAUUUAUAAACAAGAGGUCCAUAUAGUUCCUGGAACGCUAUUUUACUUUAACAUUAGUCAGUAACUUGUUUCCUUUCUAACGAGUCCAUGCAGUAGUAAGGAGAAGGGAACAAACGCCGGUGGUUGCUAGUGUUAAAAGGAAGAGCUGCACCUUGGACAACCUUGAAAUGUGCUCUGCUGAUGAACGGCGGAUUAUAAGAGCAAGACAACGUAUGGACGAGAAGGUGACCGGACGAUGAAAUCGAAAAAAGCCACCUCUCGCAAGGCCAACUCCGCCGCGGCCGCCCAGGACGGUCAUCGCAGCGGAAAGAAAGAUCUGGCGGCGCUGCUGCACUCUACGCCCUCUAGAAGAACGCGGGCUUCGCGCAAGGCGCACAAGUCGCCGACCACUGGCGCGAACGUGGCGUCGCCGCCGUCACCGCUCACGGUGCAGGGCGGGUUGCAGCCGCCGCUUCAACUGCAAGUCUACUCGGCACCGUUCUUCGGCCAGCUGCCCGUCCACCAGACGUACCUGAUGACGCCGCCGCAGCAGCCCGCCGCCUACUUGGCCGUCGGCGAGGCUCGCAGCGAAGGGAGCGAGGCGAGUCCCUCGACCUCCGCCGAGCCUGAGGCCGUCCUCAUGUUGCCGGGAACGGGUGGCCUGCCGAUCAACGCCGGCACGAUUUACAGGGUUGUGCAGGGACGGUAUCAUUACCAAAAUGAUCGUAGUGCUCGGAGUGCUCUUUCUAAUGAACGUGGUCAUUGUGGUGCCACUGUACGUAGGAAAGGGUAAUGUUGGCCAGAGGAAAAAGAUAUUUAAUCUCAAAGGACAACGCGCAUCUGACUACGGGAUCUCGGCCAUCGCACCGGAGCCCCUCGUGUGCAUGUAUCAGUGCGCCGAGAACAUGGCGAACGAGCUUGCGGCGAUGCCGGACGACUUCUGCGACCUCGUCUACUACCAGCUGGACGAAAAGUACACCUUUCUGGAGUGGCCCAAUUCGAGCUGCAUAAGGCAGCUCGUGCAGACUGCCUCAGCAUCGAAGAAGCAUAAAUACGGCAUUACCGUGUACAGCACGCAAGGUGAAGAGUCAUUCGAACAACUGAAGACUUCCGCCGGUGUGGCACAGUUUAUUAAGCUUUGGACAAAUAAUGUCAAGCACCACGGACUCACGUUUGCCAGCGGCACAUAUGGCACGUUGAACACGCUUGCACGCUUCAACCUCAAGAUCCUGGGCCGAUUCAAGUCACUCCAGGUCGCUGCAAACUCAAUGACUGGCCAAAAAGGACACCGCAGAUACGUGCUAUUGGGGAUACAAGCAUGGUUUGCGAACUUUUCCGCGGAAAAGGUUGCCCUUGCUUCUACCCUGAAGAAGAUCUCCACGUCGCAGCCGGUGAACCUGCUCCUCUUGUACACCCACAUCUGGCACUGGCCCACUACGCAGUGCGUAGUUUCCGGGCCGACGAUACUGAGCAACAACUUGCAUGUACCUCUCCCCGCUAUGGACACGACUGUGGAGCUAAUCAACGCGGCGGGGACCCCAAGAUACGUGACCGUGCUACUGUCGUUGAGUGCGAUUGUGUCCCGCUUCAUCAUGGAAGACAAAUGGGACAACGUGGCGAUGUACGGAGGCCAAUGCGUCGACCGAGAAGCCGUGCCUUAUUCUAACGUCUGCAGCGGAACCAGCAUAGUGAAUCCAAGCAUAGUACCGGAAGCCAGCGUUGCCAUUGCACACGUCAGCAAGGAAAACGGAAUGACUCAGGCCACCUACGAAACUGCGGACACCAUCAAGUCCAAGGCUGACUACGCCUACCGGUAUCUGGGGCGCAGAAGUUUCGGCUGGGCCAUUCACUACCUGAUCGGUGGCAGGUUGAACGAUUCUUGCCCCCAACUCGGCAUGGAUGGAGAGGACGUCGUCGCAACAGCCGUUCUGCAGACUAAAAAGUCUUGGAAGGGAUGGCGCUGGCUCUUCCCAUUUUGAAUGGACCGCCGUUACAUAGAGCAGUAUACGUCUUGCAUCCAUCAAUCUGAAUCGAUAUGAAAUAAAUACAUUUUGCAUUG